AGCAGAUUUGGGGACCACUUGCAGCCCCCAAACCCAAAUGUAACUAUAUGGCAUGUAGUUCCCCUUGGAAGUUAAUUCCAGACAAACAGCCGCAGUCUCUCUCGAUGAAAAUCUGGCAGUCCUAAAAGGGCAGGCUUGGCGGACUUGCUCUAGAGGCCAUUCUGGUCCAGUAAAGACCAGUUAGCUAUUCUGGUUUGCAACCGGGGGGGUGAUGAAAUGCAACAGGAAACAAUUGAAUUGCAUUUAAUGGCUGUUCUGGAGGACAGUUCCUCUUACAGUCCUCGCUGGUGUACCCUUCUGUGUCCAAGGUACAAGGCCUGAACGUUCCUCUUAAACCCAGUGACGCAAGACCCGCAGCAGGGGCCCUGUCCCCAGUCAAACCCAGUUGAACAUUUCCUUUCCACCACUGGCUCUGAAGCUCUCGACCCACGGAGGUUGUGCUGCUGAGCUGGAACAGGGGCGGGCAUGGCAAGGGAUUAAAAACCAGGGCCAGGAGGAAUUCCCCCAGCAUUUCCCCAUUAUGCAACUGCUAACCCAUUCCCCCCCCCCCCUUUGAACCAACUGAAGGUUGACGCGUGGGGCUCCGGAGGGCAGCUGGUUGCCUCAUUCGGGGUGGCAUUUAUAUAGGGCAGCGGCUUGGGAGGCCUGGCAAGCAGAAAGGGAGAGACAUUGGCUUUGCACUGGCAGCCAUGCUGAGGAUUCACCAAAGAUGGCCAGCUUUGGAGGCCCAGAAAGUUCGCUUUGGUUUGGUCAUGCUUUUGUUGGCGGGUCGCGCCGCGGAUGCUCUGCCCCGUUGCUCUCAGUAUACAGUCAAUGCUCUGCAAGUGGCCAAUUGCCAGGCUCAGCGCCACAAGAUGCUCCCGGACCUCGAUCCUUCCGUCCAGGUCCUCCUUCUGAACUUCAACUUCUUCUCCUCCAUCCUGAAUUCCUCCUUUCCGCUCAUGAAGUCCCUGAAGGCGCUGUCUUUGGGGAAGCAACUGGGGGGAUCCCUCUUUGUCGGGGAGAGAGCCUUCCAGAACGUGACCAACAUCACCUUCCUGGACCUUGGGGGGAACAGGAACCUGACCCUGCACCCCAACGCUUUCAAGGGCCUCACUAAACUAGAGGUCUUGCUCUUGGAUGCUGACGGUUUCAAUGAAGAAGUCCUGGAAAAGGGUUACUUCCAGGAUCUGGUCUCCCUGAAGAGGCUGGACCUCUCUGGAAACAACAUCCGCAGGUUGAGGCCUGACCCAACUUUCCAAGGGCUGAAGAAGCUGAGCAUCCUUCAGCUGAAGCUCAACAAAAUCGGGGCCAUUUGUGGGGACGACCUCCAGCAUCUCAGGGGACAUCGCCUGGACACUCUUGACCUGUCCUCCAACCGACUGCUCAGCUAUCCAUACUGCGGCAACCCUUUCCUCAACAUCACUCUGGGGACGCUGGACAUCUCCUCCAACUCCUGGAACGUGGACAAAGCUGAGCGGUUCUUCACCAGAUUAAAUGGCACCAGGAUCCAGAACCUCAAGAUGCAAUACUCAGGAGCCUUGGGCCGAGGGUUCGGUUUCCACAAUUCAAAAGAUAUCUCUGCCAGCACCUUCUCUGGCUUGCGUCACAGCAGUAUCUUCUCCCUGGACAUCUCCCAUGGCUUCCUCAAUGAGCUAGUCUCCUUGGCCUUCUUGGCCUUCCCCGAUCUCAAUGUCCUUCUUUUGAGAUCCAACCAGAUCACCAAGAUCCACGACAGGGCUUUUGCAGGACUGAACCAACUGUCUGUUCUGGAUCUCUCUGAGAACCUUCUCGGCGAACUCUAUGAGGAGUCCCUGAGGGCCCUGAGAUCAUCUCUGCUGCAGCAUCUCAUCCUGAAGUCCAACCACAUUGGAGCUGUCCAAAACGGCGCCUUGGCAGGCCUGAAUUCCUUGCAGAUCCUGGACCUUCAAGACAACGCACUUUCGCGGGUCCCAGCUGGGAAUCUCCCAUCCCUGCUACACCUGACGCUGCGGCAAAAUCGGAUCCGGGACGUCUGGGGCAUUGAGCGGCUCGGGAAGAGCCUGGCUCACCUGGACCUCUCCUCCAACCGCCUGGACGAUCUGGGGGGACUUUGGAGUCAACUUGCAGGAACCCCCAACUUGCUUUCUCUUAACCUCUCAAGCAACGGUCUCUCAAGGUGCUACCGAGUCGGAGAAGGCCCCAGACGACUCCAGGCCCUUGACCUUUCUCACAACAGCCUGGGAAACAUCUGGGAAAUGGAGAAAUGUGUGAACAUCUUUCAAGGCUUAGCAGAGCUGGCCGUCCUGAACCUCAGCUCCAACGGACUUCGGAGCUUGCCCGAGCGUCUUCUCCAGCCCUUAAGGUCUUUGCAGAUGUUGAACCUCUCCAACAACCUCUUCCCUGUGCUUCCAAAGAGGGUCUUCUAUGGCUUGGCAUCCUUGCGUGUCCUCAGCCUGAGUGGGAAUCCCUUGGUGACUCUCUCGCCUUCGCCGUUUCUCCCUUUGGAGGGCCUUCGGUCCUUGGAUCUGAGCAGACUGUCCUUGCUUUGCGACUGUGGGCUGGUAGACCUCCAAGGCUGGAUCCAGGAACGCAAGAUCGUCUUGAGUGGAGCAGAGGCGAUGCUCUCUUGCCUUCAGACCAGGCCUUCUUUCCAACGGUUCUCCUUGCCCUCGUUCCUAAAAGACCAGUGUGCCAAGUAAGAUGUGGGCACCUGUGGCCUCUAUACUGUCAGGGCACACCAUCCACCCAAGAGGGAAAGGGAUUCAAUUCUGAGGAGAAUGCUCCUUCUCUUAAUGAACAUUGGCAUCAGUGGUGGCAAAAAUAGGGCCAGGAAGCUCCAGGCAGGGUUGGCACUGGCCCAGGUGGCAGAUAUUGGGCAGCAAUACCAGUCCGUUGAUUGUUUGUCGAAUCAUGUUUGCAUUCUUUGCUUUCAGAAAAUGGAGCUGGGUGUUUCAGUCGGUCCCAUUGCCCUAAAUUACCCUGUUGUCCUCAUGGAUGAUGGGAGAUGAUGUCCAUUCGCAUAACACAGUGAUAACACUAUGGUUACACUUUAACAUGACAUGGUGACAUCCUGGGGCAUCCUGGGAUUGGUAGUUUAGGGAGAGGCAUGAUGCUUUUCAGCCAGAGAGGUCUCGUAGCUACCCAAACUAUACAUCCCAGGAUUCCAUACUAUAAUGCAGCCAUGUCCAUUCAAGUGGAAUCACAGGGCUAUCAUUGUGUAUUAUAAAAGGACCCCUCGGCAGGAGUAAAUUUCAGGUUAAAUUCUCUCUCCAUUAGAAAUCUGGUUGUCCCUAGAUGUUUCUGACGUCCCCAACAUUUUAUAUCUUUCAGGGAUCCAUGAAAAUAUACCUAUGUAAUACAAUAUAUAUGUCUAUGUGUAUUUGUCUGUAUGAAUAUAGUAUCUAGAUGUAUAUAAUACUGGACCAUUAUUGUAACAAAAGGGAGAACACUUCAUGGAACUUCUUGUGAAUCAAUAACGUGAUUGGAAAGAAAAUCAGCCUUGAACUGAUUUGGGAUGAAUGAGCCAACACUUCAGUCCACUUUCCUGGGGCUGUAUCCUUCUUGUAAUCAUGUUUUUGCAGACAGAUGUAAUUUAUUCCUAUACAUAUCCUUUUAAAAAACAAACCAAUGUGUUA